AUGAUGCAGUACGUCUUUCUAUGCGCUUUGUCGGCUUUAAUCCAGAAUGCCACUGCGAGAGGUGAAUCCCCAAACUUUGAAGUUGCUUAUCCAAAGCUUCUUGAAAGCAGAGGCCUCUCGAGCGAAAAAGUGAUCCACAUUAAAGAAGGCCUAAUACUUCACUUGGAAAAAAGUUCAAUUCUCUCGGAAAACUUGGUUCUAACAGACCUCAGUGGCAAGGAGCCAGUUGUAACUCCGAUGAACGGAAAAUAUAUGGAACGUAACUUGUACCAUGACAAAGAAAAAAUGGCGGCGGUUGAGGUGAAGGAGGACAAUGGAGCUGUGGAAGUGAGUGGUGUCAUCAGCGACACUCUGAGGAUACUUCCUCUUCACCUUAUGGCUCGAUCUGAAGACGGGUCUAUCGCGCACAAGGUUUUCCAAGUGGAUGCACCAACUCACCGUGGACAUGACUACGUUGAAACUAGGAAGAUUCAACUGGAAGAGCGAUCUAAUGGACCUAAUCUUCGCCCUCCGAGACAAGUACAAGCACAAGUUCCAGACCCAUUUUUGGUUGAAAUACUGGUGGUCGUCGACAAGUAUUUUUUCGUAAACUUCGACACUGAUGAACAACUUGUGACAUAUAUCGCCACUGCUAUGGCAACGGUGAACAUCAGAUAUUCAAACGCAAGCAACCCAAAAGUACAACUGCUCAUCGUAAACAUAACUAAGGACCUGGAGUCAGAUUUCCUGCGACAUAUUUUAGUUUCAGACCCAAGCAUCCCCAAUAAUCCAUUCAAGUUCUAUACCUCACCUCACAAAACAUUAACCCAGUUUGCUAAGAAAUACUGGAACGCCACGUGCGACGCAGUUAUGCUCGUCACAGGGUUGGAGCUCGCAAACAGAAAUGGUGCAGAUGUUUCUACCGAUGUUAAAGGUCUCGCAUACCUUAACGGACUCUGCACAGAAGAAUCACGUUUCGGUAUAGUGGAAGAUUACGCUCAUACGUACUUCAUGGUUUCCACCGCUGCCCACGAAAUGGGACACAUACUCGGAAUGCCUCACGAUGGGGAGAUUCCAUCGUACGUUGUUCCAAACGUGACAUGGGAACGAUGUUCGGCGUCGUCGGGAUAUCUCAUGGCACCUUCACUUGGCGGCAAAAAUGAAGGGUUUUUCUCCCACUGUUCUCUGCAACACAUGAGGGUUUUUGUAGGACGUCAGACGGAAGAAUGUUACAAAGUGAAGUCGAAGAAAGCCUUCCAAGCACCUGGCAAACUUCCGGGCGUGGGACUGAAGAUGACAGCGUUAUGCAAGAAGCUCCAUCCUCACGUCCCUGGAAUAACGGGCUCAUCUAAGCCAAACUUAUUGAAGAUAUGCAAAUUCCUGUGUUUGGCGAACUUCAAAAAUUCCCAACGUACCUUCACUGAACGCCUCGUAGAUGGAAUGUAUUGUGGAAAUGGGAAGAUAUGUUUCAGAGACAAGUGUGGGAAUUACAGCACUGAUCUGCCUCCGCUACCGACCUUGCCUACAACCGAAACGACCACACCAACAACGACGACCACUACAGGCAAUGAUGAUGAUGAUGACGAUGAUAAUGAUGAAGACUCAAAUUUGAAGUAA